AUGAGUAAAUCAAACAACAACGCAUCAUUGGCUGGCAGUUACGAGUCAUUCGAAUCAGACUCGGUUAAUUCUGAGGAGGAAGAAGACUUGGAUGAUUAUUGUAAAGGGGGAUAUCAUCAUACUAUGAUCGGUGACACUUUCGCUGAUGGCAGAUACACCAUCGUCCGUAAAUUGGGCUGGGGACACUUUUCAUUGGUCUGGCUCGCUAAAGAUCACAAAACUAACAAACACGUCGCACUGAAAAUAGUCAAAUCAGCUCCACACUACACAGAAACAGCUCUUGAUGAAAUCAAACUUCUGCAACGUUUAGUCUCGUCUGAACCCCGUCAUCCUGGUCGCAGGCAUUCCGUUCUUCUCCUUGACCAUUUCCGUCAUAGAGGUCCAAAUGGCUCACACGUUUGUAUGGUUUUUGAAGUCCUGGGCGAGAACCUCCUCGGUCUCAUCAAACGCUAUCAACAUCGCGGUGUUCCCAUUCAAAUCGUUAAACAGGUCGCUAAACAAAUCCUUCUCAGUUUAGACUACAUGCACAACAAGUGUGGUAUCAUUCACACAGAUAUCAAGCCUGAGAAUGUUCUUAUAUGCAUCGAUGACGUUGAAGUCGUUGUUAAAGCUGAGUUGGAUAACAGUGUUCAAGCUGUACCGACUAAAUUAGUCGGUGUUCCACCUUCGCAAGGCAGAGGCGGUGCUCAAACUCCUAGAAGAGAAGGUAUCUUCAUCACUGGAUCUCAACCUCUGCCCUCUCCCUCCUCUUCAAUGGCAGGUAGUCCUAUGAUGGAUAAAUGGAGUUUCGGUAUGUCCAAGAUCUCGGGUGUUCCUGGUAUAGGUCAGUCACCCAACAGUUUCAGAUCUACCCAAGUUAGCACAGGUUUUGAAAAUAGCGCUGAAAUGAUUGGUAAGGAUUUAAAGGGCGUUAAACUCGCAAGCGACAAACCCAGCUCGCCCCUCAGUCAGCCUGGCGACAGUUAUUUCGGUGAGAAAACAACAGCAAAAGCUCCAAAAGCACAGGGUCCAUCCUUAUUAUCACAACAAGCGCCCCAACAACCAAGCACAUCGAGUACAUCAUCUACCGUCGUCACUAAUCAGAAUCCUCAACCGGGUGAACCUACAAAGAUAUCCGCUGAUUCUCCUUUCUCUACCUCACUCCCCCAAUAUCCACGUCCAUCACACGCACCUCACUACUCACACUCACCUAACGAAGACAUGCACGAUAAUAUACCAACUGCUCCAUAUGACCCUGAGAGUCUUGAACGGCUCGCAUGCAAGAUAGCCGAUCUGGGUAAUGCUUGCUGGAUAGACCACCACUUUACAAAUGAUAUCCAGACGCGUCAGUAUAGAUGUCCCGAGGUGAUACUGGGUGGUCAAUGGGGUCCCAGUGCGGAUCUGUGGUCUACAGCGUGUAUGAUAUUUGAGUUGAUAACGGGUGAUUAUCUUUUCGAUCCGCAAUCGGGGACCAAGUACGGGAAAGAUGACGACCACAUGGCGCAAGUGAUGGAGCUGCUAGGCAACAUGCCUAAAGAGCUCAUCAAUGGUAAGUAUUCAUUAGAUCUUUUCAACAGGAGAGCCGAGCUUAGGAGAAUCCACAAACUGCGUUAUUGGCCGCUAGACAGGGUAUUACGGGAGAAGUAUCUGAUGAGUGCGGAAGAAGCUAAUGUGUUGACGUCGUUCUUGGUACCCAUGUUGGAUCUUAAUCCCGAAACGCGCGUCAGGCCGAGGGAUCUACUCGAACAUGAGUGGAUUACGGACGUUAUCACUGAUGGCGAGAUUGAAAAGAUACAUUACGAGGAAAUGCUCAAGAAUAACAGGGGUGAUCUUAGUGCGUUACGUGAAAGCGACGCUCUCAAAUCACUCGACGAGGCUGUCAUUCUAGGCGGUCUCACACAGGAGCAGAGGUUGGCGCAACAGAAACAUCAGAAAGAACUGCAGGAGCAGGUUAAUAGUGGGGGACAUGUGCCUUUUCAUGGUGCCACAAGUGGUACUGUCAACCCUGUAGGCGCUCUCGGCCACGGAAAUGGCACUGCCUCGCCACAAAUCGCCCAUGUGCAUGCCCAUGCUUAUGGUGCUUGA